AUGGCCAAAGAGAUCAUCAACCCUUCGGUUUCACACGCCGAAAGCUACGAUGUCGAAGCUUCGGUGGCAAAGACCGUUGGCCACGAUACCACCGAUCAAGCUCGUCUCGGUGCCCAAGCUGAGCAUGACCUCCCUCCUUUCGAAGCCGUUCGCAAGUAUCCCUGGACCGUUGUCUGGUGUCUCGUCGUCUCCAUGUGCGUCAUCAUGGAGGGCUACGACACCAACCUCCUCUCCAACUUCUACGCCUAUCCCGCCUUUGCCAAGAAGUAUGGCCAUUGGAACGAAGAGACCAACAACUAUCAGCUCUCUGCUCCUUGGCAAGCUGGUCUCGGUAACGCUGCUGGAGUUGGUUCUUUCUUUGGAACUCUUCUCAACGGUUACCUCGUCACCAAGUAUGGUCAUAUCAAGGUCCUCAUUGGCUGCUUCAUCUUCAUCGUCUUCUUCGCUCCCGAUACCAAGGUCCUCCUCGUUGGACAGAUUCUCUGCGGUUUCCCCUGGGGUGUCUUUGCUACGACUGCCCCAGCCUAUGCCUCUGAAGUCCUUCCCAUGUCGCUUCGAGUGUACAUGACCAGCUGGACCAACAUGUGUUUCAUCAUCGGACAGCUCAUCUCUGCUGGUGUCAUGGCUGGUCUGGUCAACACUCCCGCUCCUUGGGCGUAUCGCAUUCCCUUUGCGCUUCAGUGGUUUUGGCCUGUUAUUCUGGUGCCUAUCCUCUGCUUUGCUCCCGACACUCCCUGGCAUCUUGUUCGACUUGGCCAACACGACGACGCCCUCAAGAGCCUCGCCCGACUUCGACCUCGUGCUACCGACGCUGAACUCCGCGAUGCUCUUGGACUCAUUGUCUAUACCAAUAGCCUAGAAGAGCAGCUUUCCGUCGGCACUUCAUACCGCGACUGCUUCAAGGGCUUCGAGCUCCGACGAACCGAGAUUGCAAUUGUUGUCUUCGCCGGUCAGAUUCUUUCUGGUCUCAACUUUGCUUAUAACUCGACCUAUUUCUUCCAGCAGAUCGGCCUCGACUCCAACACUACCUACCAUCUCAACGUUGGUGGAAACGGAAUGGCUCUCUUUGCUACCUUGGUCUCUUGGUUCUGUGUCAUGCCUUACGUUGGAAGACGUACAGCCUAUCUUUAUGGUAUGUUCACCAUGGCAACUGUCCUCUUCGUCAUCGGCGCCCUAAACACCCGAACCGAGAACCAUUCAAUUGCCAUGACCCAAGCUGUCCUCACCCUCGUUUGGACCUUUGUCUUCCAGCUGUCAGCUGGUCAGCUCGGUUGGGCUCUUCCUGCUGAGAUGGGCUCAACCAGACUGCGACAGAAGACCAUCUGCCUCGCCCGCAACGGCUAUGCCAUCACUGGAAUUGUCGCUGGUGUUCUUCAACCUUACUUCAUGAACCCUACUCAGUGGAAUCUUCGAGGCUAUACCGGUUUCAUCUGGGGAAGCACUGCUUUCAUCGUCUUCGUCUGGGGCUACUUCCGUCUCCCUGAGACCCGAAACCGCACCUUUGAGGAGCUCGACAUUCUCUUCGCCAAGGGUGUUUCAGCACGUAAGUUCAGCUCCUACAAGAUCGACUCUUUUGAGGAGGCCGACAGCGCUGUUUAUCAUACCGAGAAGGCUUGA